UUGUUUCUUUAUUUCUUUCAGUUUUCUCUGCUUUUUUCUUUAGACACUAGCUUAUUGAGUUCUCUCAAAUCUUUUAAACCUGUACUUUGGAAGUGAGUGCUUCCCUGACCCCAAACAGACACUAAGAUCUCUUCCUGCUUUCUAGACAUAUGGUGCUUCUUACUUUUUUAAUUCUCCCUACCUUUUCACCUGUCCUUCACUUUAGGCCCACACCAUCACUUACUCUGCUGUUUAGCGGACCUAGCAACACAGCUAGUGAUACAAGUUCCAAAGAGGGCAAUAUGCUCUCUGUGCACCUUCCAGAACCACACCAUCAGAGUAGUUUAAUUUAAGACCAAAAACACCAAACAUUAUCAUUACACUCACAGGGACCUCUUUAUCUUCAAUGUUGUGUUUAUUUAAAUUUAUUUAUUUUUAUAUAGUGACGAGUUUAAAGUAGCCAUAUUCUCCUCAUUGCCAUCCUGCUGCCCCCUCUCACUCCUUUUGCUUUGCUGUCUUUCAACACUGCUUCAUUCUGAUCUAGUUUCUCAGUCAGUGCCCCUUCACACAGGAAGAAAGGCUGGGUCCUUCUGUCUCUCACCAAAGGGGAAAUCUUUAAACCAAAUUGUUGUUCUGGCAUUCUCUUUAUUUUUUCCUUUAAAUUUUUUUUUUUUUUUUUUUUUUUUAGAGUUAUGGAGGGAUUAUGCUGGCUCGGUCUUAAACAAAACAAUGGAUUUUAUAUGAAAUUAGUAAUAUUUGCUAUGCUAAAAAUAAGAUGGCUUCCAACCCAGAACUGGUUAAAAUUUUGUUUUUCAAACAAAUUGACAUUUAUUCAGUACUCUUUGAAAGCGCCUGUUUUGGAUGACUCUAUGAAGGUCACUUUUUUUUUCCCAUUCCCACGCACAAAACAAAAACACAAAAAGCUUUCCUUGCUCUUAACCAGAUGAGUACACUUUUUGAUUUUUAGAUUUGUGGGAGAUUAAAGUUGCAGAGAAAGGUUUCUGCUUGUUGGUUAGAAGCCCUCUUAUUCGUUGCCUCAGGGGGGAGGAGUGGGGAGGAGCACCAGGGUUCCAGCACCCCUCCAUGUCCGCUCUGUCGCUCUGCCCCCCCGCGCGCUCGCUUAGGGCCCGUGGAGUGUGCGCGCUCAGAGCUGCUUGCCUGACUCUCCAGCCAAGCUUACUGAUACUCUUUCAGGACUCCACAGUGUUCCAGUAAACAACCAGGCUGUAUUUUUUCCAUAUUCAUAUUUAAAUAUCACUUUCCACUCUUCCGUUUUUCGCAGAGAUUGGCUGAGUAGCCCCUGGGAGGUUUAGGUGGUGGUGUGCGUUGUUGACACUGUGGUGAUGUUCGUCCUGGGCUGUGUCAGGCAGGCAGCUCAUAAUCUGCACUCCACUGCACGCGUCAGAUGCGAUGAUAGAGAGAAAGAAUUACACACGCAGCGCAAGCAUUGACCUCUUUAUUUCAGAGCUGUGGAUGCUUCUAGAUACAAACCAUUAAACCACAGACUUUUUUCUUUACCCAUUGGGCAGGAUUCAAGAAGGCAGGACAGGAUAAAUCAAGCAAUGUAUUAAACCAUGUAAACCAUGUAAGAGUUAAAAAAAAAAAAAGUAAGGAAAUGAUGGAAAAAAAAUUCUUCCUUUGUGUUUCCAUUAAUGGUAUGAUUAAUAUUAUUUAUAAGAACAUGUUUUUCAGUUAAUUUGGGGAAGAUCAAGCCAGUUAGCCUCCCUCCUUUUACUUCCCUUAAAAGAGGUUGAAUAAACAUUGAAAGUGUAACACAAAGCCUUUCUUCUCUCCCAUCCCUUCAUAAGCAUUUCCUUAUCACUUUAAAAGUUCAAUUGCUGUUAAUUGCAUGGUUAAAAAUUGAGUAGGAUAUUUUAUUAUUUUUCUUUUAUCUUUGUUUUUGUGAAUAUUUUUAUAUCCAUAUAAAACAAAUGUAUUGAUUGUCGACUUUUACUAACGCUCUUGUUUUCUUAUUUUGUCUCUUUUGGUUUCUUCCACCACUGAUAUUGUUAUUUAGAAGGUUUCAGGUGGGUGACACUAUUCCUGCGUAGGUGCGGUCUGACGGAAAGGAACACUAGGGCAGCAUCAGUCCUCUCCUCUUCUUCCAGCUGCGGCCGCUACCCCCAGACAAAGUCCAAAAAUAUGGCUUGCUACCUGAAGGCGAUUGAGACUCAGCCGAACUUUGCUGUGGCGUGGAGCAACUUGGGAUGCGUGUUCAAUGCUCAGGGAGAGAUCUGGCUGGCCAUUCAUCAUUUCGAGAAGGCAGUAACCUUGGAUCCAAAUUUUUUGGACGCCUACAUCAACUUGGGCAAUGUGCUUAAAGAAGCCCGCAUUUUUGACAGAGCUGUUGCUGGUUAUCUACGAGCUCUCAGUCUGAGCCCCAACCAUGCUGUUGUCCAUGGCAACUUGGCCUGCGUAUACUACGAGCAGGGUCUAAUAGACCUGGCCAUCGACACUUAUCGACGUGCCAUCGAGCUGCAGCCUCACUUUCCCGAUGCUUACUGCAAUCUCGCCAAUGCGCUAAAGGAAAAGGGCAAUGUGUCAGAGGCUGAGGAAUGUUACAACACAGCACUGCGUCUUUGCCCAACACAUGCCGAUUCGCUCAACAACCUGGCCAACAUCAAACGGGAGCAAGGCAACAUUGAAGAGGCUGUCCAGCUCUACAGGAAAGCUCUCGAGGUGUUUCCAGAGUUUGCUGCAGCUCACUCCAACCUCGCCAGCGUCCUUCAGCAGCAGGGCAAGCUGCAGGAAGCCCUCAUGCAUUACAAAGAAGCUAUCAGGAUAAGCCCCACCUUUGCUGAUGCGUAUUCCAACAUGGGAAACACACUAAAGGAGAUGCAGGAUGUGCCGGGGGCACUGCAAUGCUACACACGUGCUAUUCAGAUCAACCCUGCAUUUGCAGAUGCUCACAGCAAUCUGGCUUCAAUACACAAGGACUCUGGAAACAUUCCAGAAGCCAUUGCAUCUUACCGCACUGCUCUGAAGCUUAAACCUGACUUCCCAGAUGCAUACUGCAAUCUUGCUCACUGCCUGCAGAUUGUAUGCGACUGGACUGAUUACGAUGAGCGCAUGAAGAAGUUGGUUAGCAUCGUGGCUGACCAGUUAGAAAAGAACCGUCUGCCCUCAGUGCAUCCUCAUCACAGCAUGUUGUAUCCUCUUUCCCAUGGCUUCCGCAAAGCCAUCGCAGAGAGACAUGGCAACCUCUGUUUGGAUAAGAUCAAUGCUCUUCAUAAACCUGCAUACGAGCAUCCUAAGGACCUAAAAGCAAGUGGGGGGCGUUUGCGUGUUGGUUACGUCAGCUCGGAUUUCGGCAACCACCCAACCUCCCACCUCAUGCAAUCCAUUCCUGGCAUGCAUAACUCUGAGAAGUUUGAAGUCUUCUGCUAUGCCCUCAGUCCUGAUGACAGCACUAACUUCAGGGUCAAAGUGAUGGCCGAGGCUCAUCACUUUACUGAUCUUUCCCAGAUUCCCUGCAAUGGUAAAGCUGCAGACAGAAUCCACCAAGAUGGAAUUCAUAUUCUAGUCAACAUGAAUGGCUAUACCAAGGGUGCCCGUAAUGAGCUGUUUGCCUUGCGUCCAGCUCCCAUUCAGGCGAUGUGGCUUGGCUACCCUGGCACCAGUGGAGCUCCCUUUAUGGACUACAUAAUUUCUGAUAAGGAGACAUCUCCAGUUGAGCUGACUGAGCAGUAUUCUGAGAAACUGGCCUACAUGCCAAACACAUUUUUUAUUGGGGAUCAUGCCAACAUGUUCCCGCACCUUAAGAAAAAGGCAGUGAUUGAUUUCAAGUCCAACGGACACAUUUUUGACAAUCGCAUCGUACUGAAUGGAAUCGAUCUCAAAGCCUUUUUAGACAGCCUUCCAGAUGUCAAGGUCAUUAAGAUGGAAUGUGACAGCCAGGAGUCCACAGAUAGUAACGGAGCCCUCUCCAUGCCAGUCAUCCCAAUGAACACAGCUGCCGAGGCAAUCAUAAACAUGAUUAACCAGGGCCAGAUCCAAGUAACCAUCAAUAGUUUUACAGUCAGCAAUGGCUUGGCCACCACUCAGAUUAAUAACAAGGCUGCAACAGGAGAAGAGGUUCCUAGAACAAUUGUGGUGACAACUCGCUCUCAGUAUGGACUGCCUGAGGACUCCAUUGUCUACUGUAAUUUCAACCAACUCUACAAGAUUGAUCCUCCCACUCUUCAGAUGUGGGCAAAUAUUCUGAAACGUGUGCCAAACAGCGUUCUCUGGCUGUUGCGCUUCCCAGCUGUGGGUGAGCCCAACAUCCAGCAGUAUGCCCAGAGCAUGGGCUUGCCUGCCAGCCGCAUCAUAUUCUCCCCUGUUGCCCCUAAAGAGGAGCAUGUUAGACGUGGCCAGUUGGCUGAUGUCUGCCUCGACACGCCUCUCUGUAAUGGCCACACAACUGGCAUGGACGUGCUCUGGGCUGGCACGCCGAUGGUCACAAUGCCAGGUGAGACACUUGCCUCCCGUGUGGCUGCUUCUCAGUUGACUUGCCUUGGCUGCCUUGAGCUCAUUGCACAGAGUCGGCAGGAGUACGAAGAUGUGGCCGUCAAGCUUGGUACCGACAUGGAGUUCUUGAAGAAAAUCCGAUCUCGUGUGUGGAAGCAGCGUAUUUGCAGCCCGCUUUUCAACACUAAGCAGUACACCAUGGACUUAGAGCGCCUCUACUUGCAGAUGUGGGAGCACCACGCAAGCGGUGCGAAACCUGACCACAUGGUGAAGAUGCAGCUACUUGAGAGCAGUGAAAGCGCCUGAGUCCGCCCUCUUUCCCUUCUACGCGUUACCCAACACACAUACUUCAGUUUUCAUCAGUGUCAGAGACUCCCUAGAGCCUGCUUUUGAGCACCGUCACUAUGAUCUGCCCCUUCAGCUAUAGAUUUAGUUUCUGUGAGCCAGCGUGGAGUGUGUAAUGAUGGACCCUUCUUCACACUGAGACUCCUUUCCUCCAGAAAUCUUAUCGACACUGGCUUCCCUUCUGCUGCUUCUCUGUCCUGCUUGGGUGUGGACUUCUUAAAAAUGGAGUAAUUUUGUGUCAAAUUGUGACCUUCGUGUCAGUAGAUGAAGGUCUUUUUUCUUGAAGCAUCAGAGGGACAGUGUUGAACUUUAAAAUUUUGGCAUUUUGCAAAGAUGAGUGAUUGGCUUUAAUAUGCUAACGUGAAUGUUUGCCUUUUUAGUUAGCAGCUGUUUCUGUUUUAGUAUGUUCUUGACUGGGAAUAAGGUGUGUGUGAUUUUGAUUUUCCAGUGCUUUUUCUCCCUUCCCUUUAAUAGUUAGUAAUGCAAACUAUUUUCAUUUGUAUUGUUUAUUGAAACAUGCCCAGAAUGUUUAUGGAGAAGCUAGAAUGAAGAAAAAUAAUAAUGCAAAUCCAAUAAUAGCCUGCAAACUACUCUAGUAUUCAUCGUAAAUUCUAAUUUGUUUUAUUAUUUUUACCAGAAAGGUUCAAGGUAAGUAUUUUCCAAGUUCCAUCUUUUUUUUACACGUCUUCCUAUUGAUCAUUUUAUUUAUGCUGUCAGUCAAAUUGCAAGGCUCUUACAUAAAAUGAAAUAAAGAAAUGUGGCAAAUUCUCAAAA